UAAAUACAGUACAACUACAUGCAGUGUGUAGUUCACACGCUGACAAGAUGGUGACAACCUCAGCAACGGAUGGGCCGCCAGUGUCUGGGAUAGCCAUGACUAGACAUAUCUAAUGAUUAUAACUACAUUGUUCUGAACCCAGUCCGCAGUCAUGUGGUGCUGGCGUCUCCAUCGGUUGGUGACAAGCCUCCUGUUCCUGUCCCCUCGAGUCCUCUCAUACACACCUCUAUCCGAGAACACCCUCCUACAUCUGCUUCCUCAGCCAAAGACCGCCGAUUUCGAUAUUCAUACCGGAAACCUUCUGGCUCCAAUAUUGAUCCCUCGGGUCCCGGGCACCCCUGGCUCUCAGAUCGUCCGGCAACACUUUGCCGACUUCUUUCACCAGUCACUACCCGAGUGGUCACUGACUUUUCAGAACUCGACCUCCAAAACACCUACUCAUGGAGACACCGAAGUACCCUUCGUGAAUGUGGUUGCUACUCGUGAUCCACCAUGGAUGCAGCCGGGAAAUAUCGGUCGACUGACCUUUGUGGCCCAUUACGACUCGAAAUACAAACCGGACGGCUUCAUCGGGGCCACGGACUCCGCUGCCCCAUGCGCAAUGAUUAUGCAUGCCAUGCGGGCCAUUGACGGGGCGCUGACCAAGAAAUGGGAAGCCGCGCAGGCUCAAGGAGACAUCGAUGUGGAUCUUGAAGAGUACAAAGGCAUUCAAGUCUUGUUUCUGGAUGGGGAGGAGGCUUUCAAGGAUUGGACUGCCACCGACAGUAUCUACGGUGCCAGGGCGCUUGCCGAAGAAUGGGAGCAUACUCCCAAUCCUGCAACAAGCACCUACAAAAAUCGACUGGAUUCAAUCGACCUUUUUGUUCUGCUCGAUCUCCUUGGGUCGCCGGAAGACCUACCCAUUCCCUCGUGGCAACACAGUUCACACUGGUCGUACGUCAAAAUGGCCGAAGCGGAGGAAAGACUUCGGAAACUAGGCCUCUUCAAGAGCAAAGCCGGUCGUACAUGGUUGCCUGAAAAGGACAAAAAGGAAACCGAUGUGUUUAACAGCUACUUCAUGCAAGACGACCACCUUCCAUUCAUUGCUCGUGGAGUUCACGUUCUGCAUCUUAUUCCUUCUCGCUUCCCCUCUGUGUGGCACAAGAUAACUGAUGAUGGCGAGCAUUUGGAUAUCCCCACGGUGGAAGAUUGGGCACUUUUGACGACUGUCUUUGCUGCCGAGUAUAUGGAAUUGGAAGGAUUUUUCGAGCGGUCGAAGGAUACAAAAGUCAAGAGACAUGCCGAUGUCAUCAGUAAAACUGAAUUAUGACAACAGUGAGAACAUGUCAAUGUGGUAGACUGUUUGUCUUGACGCGAAACACCCUGCACGAAUUUAUGAAGCUUAUAAAUGUCCCAGACCCAACCGUGCUUCAAGCACAUUGGAAUCGAGAGGACGCUCACCUGAAUGUCUCGGUAUUCCGUCAGUCCUAAAAUGCUACGGUGACUUUUGUUGAAAUGAAGCUGCCCCUGUCGUUCCAUACAGCAUGCAGUGGGAAGGGCUUCAUGCAGAAAUAGGAGAUAUGUCUCUGAAGGCCAUUAAAGCCUCCCUACCACAAAACAUUGAGCGUACUUCGUCAGGCAGGAUCCUGGGAAGAGCACAGCGAUAGCUUGAAGAGCCUGGGAUAGCCAUACGAAGGAACCACAUAACAACAAAGCAUCUUUCCUGUUAAUGCCUGCCACUGGCAGUGGCCUGUCCAUAGUACUCGUAGAUCUCGAUCAAUGCAGGUUUCGAUCAAUCAG